GGGCCGCACACGUGGGCGCGCCGGGCGGCGCGGCGGCCGCGGAGCCAUGGGGAAGAGUCGGGCGCGGCGGUUCCGCAGGGCCCCCUUCUCUCCCACCGGUCCCGAGCAGCGUCGCGACGGGGAGGGCGACCCUGAGGACGAGCCGGCCGCGGAGCUGCUGGAGAAGCUGCAGCAUCCAAGCGCUGAAGUGAGAGAGUAUGCCUGUGCCAGUAUUUCCAAGUUGUUGCAGCAGAAGCAUGUAAUCCCAGCCUUUCUGCAGAGAGAUGUUGUCCGGUGUUUAGGACCGUUAUUGAUGGAUCACAGUUUAGCUGUUCGCGAGACAGCUGCAGGUGCUCUCCGAAAUCUGAGUGCUUGUGGGGGAUUUGAAGUCUGUGAUGACAUGGUGACAAAAGACAUCAUGACACCUCUUGUUGCACUUCUGAAAGAGUGUAGCACUGGACUAGAUGCUAACCAGCUCUCUCCAAAGAAAUGCAGAGAGAUGAACAAAAAUUAUAUCGAAGACAUAGCCAAUGAGGCUAUUAACUUGCUGUGGAAUGUAUGUGAAUGCAACAAUACUGCAGUAUCCAUAUUCAAUAAAGAAGGAUGUCUGGAGUCUGUGUUACAUUACAUGAAGAAAUUUUCCACGAAUGUGGAUCUGGCUAUUUCAGUAGCAAACUGCUUGCAGGCAGUGACAGAAGAUAAUCCAGAUCUUCUUUCUUCAUUCAAUGCUUCUGCACAACAAGUAUUGGAAACCGUGAUGUUGUGUCCAGAGACCACAAUGAAGCAUAUCCUUCUGAGAACACUGAUAGCAGGCACUAUCUGGAAUAUCAAGGAUACCAUUCCGCCAGGCAGCCUGGGAAGCAUGGUUAAUGCAAUCUUGAAGAUUUUUUCAGAAUCUUUGGCAAUAGAUGCUGGUGAAACAAUUAUUCGUAUGAAUGAAGCUGAAAAAAACAGGUUAAAACUUGCUGCAGAGACAGAAACUGAGGAAAACAUGAGUGAUGUUAUAGACAACGAUGUUUUGAAUGAAGAUGAUGACAUGGAAGAAAUACCAAAAGGAAAAGUCAGAAGAGAAAAUGACAUUUCAGACCUACUUCCAUCUGAUAAGUGGGAACUGAAAGAAGUGACAGCUUUACUGAUGGCUCAGCAGACUGCUCUGGAAAUCAUUGUUAAUAUGUGCUGCAGUGAAGAUCCCUCUGAUGAUGAAUGGGAAGAACUCUCCAGCAGUGAUGAAAGUGACUUGUUUAUGGAAAACUCAUACAAUGAGGGGAGUGGGCUGCUGAUGUCACCCCUGUGCCUCUCUGAUGAGGUUAACUCAGCGUUUCUGAACAACCUCAUUCCAAAGAAGAUUCUUGAAAAAACUGCUUUUCCGAACAGUGUUGCUCUAGACAUCUGUAUGCACAAUCCGUCUUGGAAACCAUUAAUUAAAAAACUGAAUGCAGUGCAGUGUAGAGCUUUAACAUGUCUUCAUAGCAUUUUGUUAGUGUCAGAUGUGGAUUGCCUUGGAGGAGCUUCAGCACUUCAGUCCCUUGCAGAGCAUCUCUCGCAACUGGUCUUUUCUAAAACGGAACUCCCUACAGACACAGAAUUCCUGGAAGCCAUCACCAGUGCUUUGAGGGCUCUCCUACAAACAAUGGCAUCAAAGAACAUCUCCCAGUGUAUGACUCCUGAGCAGCUCUUGGCUUUAUGUGAAGCUGGUAUUCACAGCAGCAAUGUCAGUGUUAGAGUGAAUGUAGUGAGCAUCCUAGGAAUUUCUGGCAGUGUUCUGGCAAAAGGACAAGAUACAGCUGAAACACUAAAGAUGAUUGGAAAAUUUCUUCUUGAGGUUGCAAUGAAGGAAUCUUCUCUUGUGGUAGCAGGGGAAGCCUUGGAUGCACUUUUUGAUGUAUUUGCAGAUGGUAAAGAAGCAGAAAAAGCAGCGGUACAGAUCAAGUUGCUUCCAGCCCUGAAAGAAUUUCAGCCAGUGUUCAAAAUGAGGAUGCGAAAAGAAGGCAAAGGACAAUAUAGUACAGAUCAACUGUGUGUUCUUGACAAUGUGAAGAUGAAUUUGAGAAGAUUCAUUGCAUAUCAGGAGGCACUAGGGAAAACCCCAACUUGAAACAUCGAGGAACUUUAAGGUUUCCCUUAUUGAAUAAUGUUUUCCAAAAAUAUAACCAUUUUGAACGUCUAAAAUUUACUGAGCAGAGCAGUCUUGCUUUCAUGUUAAUAUUGCAUUUUUUUACGUUCAGUAUUUUUAUACUUCUGGGUUGAUGCAAUAUGAAAGUCACAUCAGCAUAAAAAACCCACAGUAUACUUUAAGUGUUAGCAGUGACAAGCAUGUGCUCUUGCAGUCCUGAGGUCUGUACGUAGCACCGCUGUCAUUGAUUAGAAAUCCUCAUGUAUCCUGGUGGAAAAUUCUAAUUGCAGAAAAAAGUAAUUUAGAGAAUAUUCUUGGUUAUGUGCCAGAUCAAGAAAAAAAUUUUAAAAGCCUAAGAUACAUUUCAGAGAAUCAAGCAGUGGCAGAAUGGUUCAUAUUUGCUCUUAACCUAUUUCUAGAAUUGCACAGGCACUUAUGGCAAGCUUCCCAAGAGAAGUGUGUGACAAGUGUGUAGAUUACUGACAGCACUUGGAUCUGUUACUUCAUGAGGUUUAUCAAAGAGAAAACUGUUUCAGAUUAAUUUAUGAUAUUAAUCAUAAAUUUUCUGAUAUUUUUCAGUAUGAUAGCUUUUUGCUGUGGAAAUUGAUAUAAGAGGAUCCUACUCUUAUACAAAGCUCCUUGGUUUUUACUUUAUUUUGACUGGUAUUUCUGAAAAUCGAGUCUUCUGAUUUACUUUCUUCCUUGUAAUUCUACAUGAGGAUGAAUUUGAAUUCAGGGAAGUAGUAAACCUAACAAAAAGGGUUUUUGUUAUACUGAGGUAUUAUCUGAAGCAACUUUAUAAUUGCUUAAAAUAUCUUUUUCAAAUAUUUGCAACAGCAAAAUUUUUUUUGCUAUUUUAAGCCAUAAAAUACAGAAACUAUUUAAAAAAAAAAGUCACUGAUUAUGAAGAUUGUCUGCGAACUUCCAUAUAUCAAAAACUUUGGAUUUAUUUCUGUGAAUGAGAUCCUCUCAUACACAUUUUUUUAAGGAAAAAACUCCACAACCAAACACAAAAACAUUUUGUUAUGCUGAUUUUUGAAAUGGGAUUUUCCCCCCCCUUCUCUUAAUGUGCUGCCUUAGCACAGGCAUCUAGGUUUUGGCAAAAUUUUGCCUAUGAUGUUUAGGCAUGGAACUACAAAGACCAAAUUUGCUUGGUUUGUUAGAUUUCAGUCUCUUGGAUUGGAAAGCAGUCUCAGGAACUGACUCGAUAACUUGCAAAUGACUGACUUUAUGAAAUCCUGACAUAGGGUAUUUUGUAAAAUGCAAGACAAAGUGAAAAAUUAGUUUAAGCAGCAAUACUGCCUGGAAGUCUUGUUAUUGCAAUUACUUUACAGGAGUUGGAUGAAAUGUGUGAUGUGAUGCCAUGCCUGCUAAUCAAGUGACUGAGUUGAGAGUGUGGCAUCGUGAGAGCUCAAGGGCCAUUAAGCCUCGCCUGGAGAAGUCCUGAGGAGCAUGGAGCAGUUGAAAGGUUAUCCUGGGAUUUGGCAGGGGCAGGCAGUGAAGAGGGCUGGACUGUAACAGCUGAGGAAAGAGUAGCUAGGUGGAUUAUGGCAUAAGACUGCACAGUGCGUGGAUUUUAAUCCCGGUGUUAUAUGUGCUGUACGCCGAGGAUAGUAUAAUAUUAACCUGAUAAAAGUUAUUAAUUUGUUUGGAGCACUUAAAAGGACUUUCACACAGAAAAUUCUGCUGUCAUUUUCUGGGUGCUACAUGGAAUUGCAGGAUGAUCUAAUUUGGAAAGGAUCUCUGGAGGUCCCUUAGUCCAGUCCCCUGCUCAAAGCAGGACUUUGGAGUCAGAUAGUUUGUGCUAGGCCUUGAGCAUCUCCCAAGGAUGGAAAUCCCACGACUCUGGACAGCCUUUUCCAGUACUUGACUGCCCUCGCUGUGAACACUAUUUUUUUUUUUUUUUUUUUUUCCCCUUGUACCUAGUAGGACUUUGCCCUGCUGCAAAAUGUGCCCCUUGUCCUUUCACUGCACACCACCAAGAAGAGUCUGGCUCCAUCUCCUCUUAUAACACACAUUUGGUAGUUGAAAACAACAGUUAUAUUCCCUUCUUCUCCAGGCCGAAUAAACCCAGCUCCCUCAGCCCUUCCUUGUACAUCAUGUGCUCUAGCCCUCUAAGUGUCUUGGUGGCCUUUUGCUUGACCUGCCCUACUGUGUCUUGUGCUGGGGGGCCCAAAACUAGACACAGUACUCCAUGUGUGAUCUCAUGAGUGCCGAAUAGAGGGAAGUAAUCAGUUUUCUUGACCUGCUGGCCAUGCUUCUGCCAAUGCGUCCUGGUGUUUGUUCGCUGUCAUGACUGCAAGCGUACACUGCUGACUUCUCUUCAACUUAUUGUCCACUGGGACCCUUAGGUGCUUCUCUCCAAAGCUGCUCUUUGGUCAUUCAGUCAAGAGCCUGCUCUGUUUCAUGGGAUUGCUCUGUCCCAAGCGUAGUACUUUGCAUUUUACAUCAAGUGUAGCAGUCAGAAUCUGGUUUCUGGGGACUGUUAGAACAAUGAAGUAUGUUAUUUUUUGUUUAGGGUUGGAUUUUUUUAGGUUACUAAUGAGAAGGAACUUUCAUCUUCAAAUACGAAUCUGAAAGUUGCAGAUGAACAUAUAGAAGAUAAUCUCUUCAACUUUGUUUCAUCCGAGGAGACCAGAGCACUUUAGGGGGCCUGUUUGGCUGAGGGCAUGAAACACUGACAGGUUGGCAGCUCUGUCUCCAGCUCACCAGAUAUGUUUGGGUUGAUAGAGAAGUAAGCUGUAGCUCUUGGGAGAUGUUUGUUGUUUUGUUAACCUCAUCACUAAUAUUGACACUUUCAUAUGUGAUUUCCUAACAUGCUGUUUUGUAAGAUCUUUGCCAAAGUCUCUUGCCCUUACCAGUGGCCCAUAGCAAAAUGGAGCCCUUGUCUUCCUUUCUAUGAUAUUCUAGUUAUCUAAUAAUAAUUAGCCAACUGCAUAUUUUGAUGUCCAUACUUUCAUUUUUCUGAAUGAGAAAAUCUUAUUCUAUCACCUGCCUGGCUACCAGUUUAGUAUAACUUGCUCUUGGUGUCUAAUGGAGGGCUUGUGACUGAAUGAGAGGUAAUAAUUUUGUACGCUGAUUUAGAGAGCACAUUCUGCUUCUAAGGGACAAGAUAGAAGAUAAUAGGAAAAGCAUCGAAGACUUUUGUCUAUGGAAGAGAAGGCAAGUUAUCAGUGAUUUAAAGAAGUGUCAGAUUGGGGCCUAAAACCAGAUGAGAUUUAUAAGUACAGAAGAGCUAAGCGGUAAGAUUGGGGCUAUAAAAGUUGUUCUGACACUGUUGUGGUUUAACCUGGCCUGCAGGUAAAACAGUGGCGGAGAGAAUCAGAAAGUAAAAGGCAAAACUCGUGGGUUGAGGUAAAGACAGUUUAAUAGGACAGAAAAGGAAGAGAAUAAUAAUAAUAAUAAAAUAUAAAAAACAAGCACAAUUUCUCACCACCUAAAGUCAAUGCUCAGGUAGUUUCUGAGCCACCCUGGCUGCCAUCCAACCUCCCAGUUAUAUACUGAGCAUGACAUCAUAUGGUAUGGAAUAUCUUUUUGGCCAGUUGGGAUCAGCUGUCCUGGCCAUGUCCCCAGCUUCUUAGGUGCCCCCCACCUUCUCGUUGGCAGGGCAGCGUGUGAAGCUGAAAAGUCCUUGACUGCUUGGCAACAACUAAAACAUCAGUGUGUAAUCAACAUUAGUCUCAUCCAAAAUCCAAACCACAGCACUAGACCAGCUGCUAGGAAGAAAAUUAACUCUAUCCCUGCCAAAACCAGGACACACAGUUAAGGAAAAUUAGGCAGCAGAAGUGAUGAUGUGGUGCAAAUUAAAUGUUUUGGAGCCUCUUUUGGCACUGGUUUAUUUAAAUAGAUUUAGGGUAAGCUUGACAUGAAGACAAGAUCCUUGACAGCCUGCAACGGCAAAGCCAGAUCUUGAAGAUACUUUGAGGGUGGCAGAAAUUGGACUGAUCUAGACUGUGCAGCAUAAGUAAAUAGAUGCUAAAUAGAUGUAAGUGAUCUUCAUCAGUUUAUGUAAUCACACAGAUAAGACUGGUAUCAAAACAGGUAUCUGAAACUGAAUUUGUUUGCUUAUCCUGGUCCCUAAGGCAUCAUCUGUCUGUGCUUCAAUUAAAAACUGCAAUCCUUUGAAAGUAUGGAUUGCUGCUUUAUUUGUCUCCCUGUCUGACACCUAGCACAACAGAAUCUGCCUCAGAGUUGAAAUUUUAUACCAAAAUGGGUGCUGAAUUUAAGUCAGCGGUGUUAAGAGCGUAGAGAGCACAGUGUGCUCCCCUCCCUGUUCAGAAGCUGUAGGACCGGCAGCAUUUGCUGCUGCUUUGGCCCUUUUGCAGCCUGCAAAAUGUUGAAUCCCCAACUGUGUAGAUAAGGAGUUAUCAUUGCUACGUGGUUUUAUUUUUGCUCUCUAUGAAAAGAAACAAGUGGCAAGAUUUAAAUAAGCAUUUGUUGUAAGUACUUCUUAUACGUCAUGCCUUGACAUUCAGAAGAUGGCUGUAUACCACAUUAUAGUCAGUAGUUUAACUAUUUGGGGUUUGUGGUGUGUCUUGAAGGUAUUUUUUUGCACAGUAUGUUUUUUUUUAAAGAUUGUCAUCUUAGAGAAACAAGAAUAACUUUAACCAGUACUACUUGGCUUUGUUUUAUGUUUGUAUUUUGUGAGAAAAUAUUAAAAAAAUCAGAGCACAGUAAAAUUACAAAAUGAGAACUGUGUCAGAGAACCAAUUAAUUUAAAAUCUAUUUGUAGUUAAGUAUUAUUUCACAAGAUACACAUUUCAUUUAUAUUAACAUAAAACAGCCAACCAAAAAUGUGCAUAAACUCAAGUUCUGUUUCCUUAGUAAGUAAUUUUCAGUAAAAGCAUUCCCAGAGGAUUGGAUGGAACCAUCUAGUCUUACAUUUACUGUUGCAAUUCAAAUUCAGGCAAUGGUAGUGGUAAUUGAAAACAAUGUAAUUGUUCCUUUCUGGCACAAAUGAAUUAAGCAAACAAUCUAAAUAUAGUUUGUGUUGGACAUACUGUUAAGAUAUAUAACUAAGAUAAUUGGCAAAAACUGAAAUUCUGACAGUCACAGCAGAUUAAGGAACCUGAAGUUUUUCUACAAGGGCUGAAACGUGGUGAGCCUUUCUGUUUGAAGCAGCUUUUACUUGAGUGGCGGUUUUCUGUCUAAUUUCCAAAUAAAUUCAAACUGUUAACUUUUGUACCUUCUGGGAAAAAUAGCAUGCAUUUAAAUCAAUUCAUUCUAAUUUUAUUUUGUUUCUGUAUUAGUUUCAUAAGUUCCUUGUUUGUGUGAGAGGCAUUUUGUCAGACAUAAUUCAGUGACCAUAUAAAAACAUAGAUUGAGACUUACACACAAAGGAUAUGGUAAGACGCUUUUUUUUCCUGUUAAAUCUGGGUGUCAGGAACUCCUUGCAUUACUGUUAUAUUAAGGGCUUAAAUCAAACUGCUUGUGAACUAAGAUACUAUUGUAAUAAUCUGUACAUUGUUAGAACGGUUGUGACUGCUACGUGUUCUCAACACAACGGAGGGUCCUGAUGCAGCCCUGGGGUUGUGAGGUACUCACAUAAAUACCUAUACCAAUUUUAAAGGUGCAUUGGGAUUUCAGUAUACCUUCUCCUGGUUUUGUGUUCCUUUUUUGGCAAAAAUCCCGGUGAGGAUUUUUUUUCUUUUCUUUCUUCUCUGACACGUGAAAUUUUUUUUUUGAACUUUUAAGGAAAAUUGCAUUGGCCUUUUCCUUCUUCCUUGCCCCAUGAUGGAGAGUGAAAGGCACUUCAAGUGCGUUGUUUUUUUUUUUUUUUGUUGGGGUGGUGUUGCCUUUUUUUUUUUUUUUUUUUUUUUUAAAUACCCCGUAGCUAUACUCCCUAAAGCCUUUGUGGUAGUAUGCCACCCGUGUUGUGUCCUGGCUUCAUUUGCUUGGGACUAGAGUUGCUACUGAGGAAUCCUGUACAUUAAUAAACCUCAGUCCUACAACAAAACUUGUUUACAUUUAUGUGCUAUGAGUGUAGAACAAAUCAUUGGGGUUUUUUCCCAGAAUUAGUUGCUUUUUUAAAAAAAAAAACCACCCACGGGUAUUUUUUCUGUUACUGUUAUAUCCUUAAGGAUAACAUGAAAUCCUUUAUUAGACUUAUGCUCACUUUUCUGUGUUGUGUUUUAAAAAAUAAUUUAUGAAUUGAAACCUUUUUAUUUGCAUCUUUGAUGUAAGAGGAACAUCAGGCUAGUCAUUUUCUAGUUACCUUUUUCUGGUAUGUUUAUAAUUCUCAGAAUAACUGAAGAAUGUGGGGUUUGGAAAUGGGGUUAUUCAGGGCGGUUUUUCUCCAGUUCCAAGCUGUGCUCUAUUUCACCAGUUUCCACUUGGCUUUUGAUGGUAGUUUUAGGUACAGAUCCUGAUUCUCAAAGCAAUCAAGUCUGUUAACUCAAAAAAACAAAUUUCACCCUACAGCUUCUUGCUGUAGCUGGGUUUCUCUUGGACAAUGCAGAUCAGACACCUGUGACAGAGCAGAGGAGGGCUGGGGACAGAAUGUCCUGCUCUGGGAUGGUGGGGAGAAACCAGAACUUUAGUCUUUGGUUGUCAUCAGGAAGCGAUGCUAAGACGACUUCUUUGCAAACUGCCCAAUUCAUGGAAUACUUGGAACUGAAAUGCAGCUUUUUCAUUCCAAAACCUCCACCUCCAUCUUCCUAAAGAGAAAUCCUCUCCCAUGCAAUUCUGAAACUACGGGAAGCACCGGGCCCUCCGUGCAGUAUGCUGGAAACUUUCUAGCUGAUAUUAUAUUAAAGAUGUUUUAAGGCUGUAGUAUGAAAACGCUAAAAAUAAAACUGCAUCUGGUGAGAAUUUGUACUACUAAA